AGUUUCUUCACUGUAUUUGCGCACUCAGCUACGCCUGCCUCUCAGGCCCGGUACUGACUGAAGAACCGGAUCGAAGUCAACAUCGGCUCAGCCACAACCAAUAGGGUUAUGAAACAAUGGAUGAGUGACAAAUAAUAAUUAUAAAAAAAGAAAAUAUUGACUUUACUUCACUGCUACUCGAGGAAAACUUUUUUAGACUCAGACCUUAAACUGAAGGUGUUUUUUUUUCAUUUAUUUUGGUCAAAGGAGAUAAGUUGAUGCUUGUCUCUUUUCGUCUGACGACACCGAGCUCUACGACGGAUUUUACUUUAUUUCGAGGUUAUUUUUUUUUUCAUUUAUUUUUUUAAAGCUCUACGGCUCACAGACACGUUUUCAUCCUCUGGAGAUUUGAGUCGGGGAUGUUGAGCUCUGUGAAGAUGGAAUCGCAUGAUCUGCCAGAGUGGAAUACUUUCUACAGCGAGGCCAGCGAGAUGUAUUCCUCUACAGGCUCCAUGAACUCUGGUCUGGGCUCCAUGGGUACCAUGGGCACCAUCAACAGCUACAUCAACCUGAACCCAGCCUCUGUUUCUCCAGCAGGUAUGAACAUGGCAUACCCCAGCUCCUCUCUCAGCAGUUCAACACUGGCCUCCAUGGGGUCUGGGCCCAGUCACAUGUCUCUCUCCCCUGUGACCUCAUCCCUCAACUCAAGCUCUCUCACUCAGCUGGGCCCCUCAGCACCCAGCUCACUGGGCUCCCUGUCACACUAUCAGAACAUGGGGCAGUCCAUGGGCCAACUGGCCUACCCCUCAAGUGGGAGCCUCAACCGUGCUGGGCCAAAGGAGAUCCCCACAAAACCGUAUCGGCGUUCCCUGACCCACGCCAAACCGCCAUAUUCGUACAUCUCCCUUAUCACCAUGGCUAUUCAGCAGAGCGGAAGCAAGAUGCUCACCCUGAAUGAGAUCUACCAGUGGAUCAUGGACUUGUUCCCUUACUACCGUGAGAACCAGCAGCGCUGGCAAAAUUCAAUUCGCCACUCGCUGUCUUUCAACGACUGCUUCGUGAAGGUUGCACGCUCACCAGAUAAGCCGGGCAAAGGCUCCUACUGGACUCUGCACCCAGCAUCGGGCAAUAUGUUCGAGAACGGCUGCUACCUGAGGCGACAGAAGCGCUUCAAGAUUGAAGAGAAAGCAGCAAAGAAAGGACACAAGAAUCAAGAUGUGUCCUCCGCCAAAGGGAGCAACGGUGGAGAUCACCUGGGGGAGGACCACAGCCCCACUGGACCAGAUGGGCCAGACUCUGGACACUCAGACAACUCCCAUCUGGGCUCAUCAGAAGACCAGCCGCAUCCCAGAAACUCUCUGGUUCCAUUAGAUCGCCCAACGAUGUCGUCCUCGCACCUCCACAGCCCCCCCAUCUCUCUGCCACCAUCCUCCUCCACCUCAUCUUCCAUCUCACCAUCCCCUCUCUCCCUUUCUGCCACUUCCUCUUCCAUCUCUGCCAACUCCCUCCUUCAUUCCCAGGCCUUAGCAAGCAGUACUCACCUUCUGCCCAGCACCAUGCAGCAGCACAUGGACCUACAGAGCGAUACCCUCAAGUCUUUGGACCCCCACUAUAACUUCAACCACCCCUUCUCCAUUACCAACCUGAUGUCCAAUGAGCAGAAGAUGGACCUCAAGUCCUACCAGGACCAGGUGAUGGCCUACAACAGCUUCUCCGGGACUUCUCCCGUGACAGCCAAGCAGAUCUACGACAGUCCUGGUCCAGCGGUCAUGGACUCUGGUGCUUAUUACCAAACUCUCUACAGUCGCUCUGUGCUCAAUGCCUCCUAAUCUGGACACACACACACACACAAAUACAACCACACAGGGACACAGGCAUGCACGUACACACGCACACAUGCACCUCUGUCUGUCGGUGAGUCAAGAUGGAGACUUUUCCUCUGUGUUUUCUAAAAUGGACUCCCAAAUUCUCUCUUUUUAGUUUCCUUCUCCUUUUUCUUUUUCUCUUAUUUUCUGAGUCAAAGGCAGUGGCAUUGAAAGAUAUUUACCUUUACAAACAACACAACACGCUGUUGUUUGAAAGGCCAAAGAAGUUUGUCUGUUUUUGUUUAAUUGAACCAGUUCUGAUGGAUAGUCAACACAGUUGUACCAUCCAUUCACUGCAGGAAGGUCCUCCGCUGAAGAGUUUGCGCUUGUAUAAAAUGUAAAUAGAGCCAAUGUGUCGGGGGAAAAGGAAUACUUGCAUUUAUUUAUGAAGGGAAUAAAUUUUAAUAUAUCUAGUGUAAGCUCUCUUUCGACCAGUUACAACAGAAAUGUGAGUUCGUUUUUUCCAGACGGAGACGUGAUGAUGAGUUUCAGGUUAUUGCUCCAGGCAGAUGUUACUGCAGCUCGUGGCAGUUUAGUGCAUUUUUUUGUUACAGCAUUUUAUUUUAUUUUAUUUUUGUGUGUGUGUUUUGUCAUUUCUGUCGCAUCAGUCAUCCGUCAUUAUAAAUGUAGCUAAUGAAGUCUGUUCUAAAAAAUAAAAAGAUUUGUAGUUUUGUUAAAUAUGAAGAAAAAAAUACUUUUUUUUAAAUUCUGGACUGAGAAAUGUUGUCAGGCAAAGGGAAGGAGGUCUGGUAUCUGUGGUAAAAAAAAAAAGAAAAGAUAAAAAAAUUAUGUUUUGUUAAAAGAAUAUGUUCUGUUUUGUGGCCCGUAGUCAUUUCAUGUUGUUACUAAUAUGAAAGCAUUGGCUGGAAUGUUGGCUGCUUUCACACAGGCUGUAACAUAAGGACAGGUUGUUGGAGAGGUGCAGGAGGGGGAGUUGAGUCAGUUACUAAAACAGUGGAGGGGUGGAGAGAUGCACUAUGGGAGAAUUUACAUACAGUACUUUGCACUAUGGAGCUCCCACUGUUCAGGUGGGCUGAUAGUGUGUGUGUGUGUGUGAGCGUGUGUGUGUGAGUGUGUGCGUGUGCCUGUGUGUGUUACAACAAUACUUAAGGACAACCCUUACACUGUCAAUGCAUCAGCUCAGUGGACACAGUGGAACAAUGUCCCUUCACUGUCCUGUCAGCUCAUUUUCUUCUUCAAGCGUCUGCUGAUCUGAUGAGAGAUCAAUGAACUGAUGAUUGAUUGAUUGAUUGAAGGAUUACACAGCAGAGGGUACAGAACUUUCAGGUCACAUGAUCUCCUCUGUGGAGCAUAUUUUAUUUCCAAAGAGAAGUGUCUUUUAUUUAAGCGGUGUUUUUUUUUUUUUGUUUGUUUUCCAAACUUUGAAAGUGUGCUGAUAUAAUAUAUUGUUUCUCUUCCUGUUGUUUGUUGAAAUAUGAUUUAAAUGAUUUAUGUUUCAUACUUCUUAUUAAAAAGGCAAAAAAUUGGGGA